AUGGUGGAAGAAACUUUAGAGGUAUUUAUGGAAAAUUUCUCGAUAGUGGGUGAUAUUUUUGAUGACUAUUUGUUGAAUCUUAGAAGGGCCCUACAGAGAUGCGAGGAGGCCAACCUAGUGCUGAAUUGGGAGAAGUGCCAUUUCAUGGUAAAGGACGACAUAGUCCUUGGUCACAAAGUGUCGCAGAAAGGGAUUGAGGCCGACAAGCUUUUGGAGAAGGAGGUGAAAUUUGUCUUUGAUGAGGCAUGUCUCAAAGCCUUUGAGUGCCUAAAGGAAAAGCUUAUUUCAGCACCAGUGAUCAUUGGCCCAGACUGGGCAGAGCCAUUUGAGAAGUGCAACAAGAUGCUCCAUCCAAUUUACUAUGCUAGUAAGUCACUGAAUGGGGCAUACCGAAGCUACACAGUCACUGAGCAGGAACUAUUGGUUGUGGUGUAUGCAUUUGAAAAGUUUAGAGCUUACCUGCUCGGCGCUAAGGUGAUAGUUCAUACAGACCAUGCUGCUCUGAGAUACCUCAUAGCAAAGAAAGAUGCCAAGCCUAGGUUGAUCCGAUGGGUGCUACUUCUCCAAGAGUUUGGAUUUGAAGUGAAGGAUAUGAGAGGAUGUGAGAACCAGGUCAUUGAUCACCUGUCUAGGUUGGAGGCUGCAAACAAGGAAGAGAUUUGUGUUGAUAACAUCAUCAGGCGGUGCAUUCCUGAAGCUGAGAUGCUGCACAUUUUGGAGGCCUGUCACUCAUCUCCACUGCAAAGAGCCAUCUCUCGGCACCAUGAGUUACCCAUGACAUCCAUCUUAGAGGUAGAGUUGUUUGAUGUGUGGGACAUUGAUUUCAUGGGCCCAUUUGGUUUGGCACCUGAUAAUGGUUCUCACUUCUGCAAUAAGGUGUUCAGUGCUCUUCUGACCAAGUAUGGGGUGAAACAACACAAGGUUGCUACGCCUUACCACCCACAGACCAGUAGACAAGUAGAGGUUUCCAACAGGGAAUUAAAAGCAAUCCUAGCGAAGAUAUUAAAUGCCAAUAGGAUAGAUUGGGAACGGAAGCUAGAUGAUGCUCUAUGGGCAUAUCAGACUGCUUUCAAGACACCUAUUGGUAUGUCUCCAUAUCGAUUGGUGUUUGGAAAGGUAUGUCAUUUGCCGAUUGAGCUUGAGCUUAGAGCACUCUGGGCGUUGAAGAAGCUAAACCUCAGUUGCAGCGAAAAUGCAAACUUGAGGUUGGAUCAGAUAAAUGAGAUGGAUGAGUACUGUCUGAGAGCCUAUGAGAGACUUCGUCUGUUUCUAGGAAUGCUGAGAUCUAAAUGGUCUGGACCUUUUAAGGUCACACAGGUGUUUCAAUCUGGUGCUAUUGAGCUGGAAAAUGAUAAGGUCGAGAGGUUCAAAGCUAAUGGCCAGCGAAUCAAGGCAUAUCUGGGUGUUCCUGAGGAUGUGAAGAUUGUAGAGGAAUGUAAACUUGAUGAAUGCCAAGAUUUCGCGGCAAAUCACCAUGUCAAGUGGGAACCUCCUAGUAUGGGCAAGUUCAAACUCAAAACAGAUGGAGCCGUUAAACAUGCGCCUGGAGUGGAUGGUAUUGGAGGAGUCAUCAGAAACCAUAAAUGCGACUGGAUAGUUGGUUUUACUAGUAAGGAAGCUUUUGUAACUCCCAUCCUAGCAGAGUUGCGAGCCCUUAGGCGAGGACUGCUUAUGGAAUUUGAGUACAAAACACAACCACUGGAAAUUAACACUAACUGCAAAAGAAAUGAUUAA